AUGGCAAGAUGUGGCAUCAAUGCUCGCGUUGUCGAUAAGCGUGGCACAAAGAUCUACUCGGGACAGGCAGAUGGUUUACAGCUUCGCAGCCUGGAGAUCUUUGAUAGCUUUGGUUUCGCUGAUCGAGCUUGGAAGGAAGCAAAUCACUUGAUAGAGAAUCCCGGCGAAGAUGGUGUGAUACGCCGUUCAGACGGAGUUCCAGAUACACCAGCAGGUCUCUCACGAUUCAAGGAGAUCGUUCUCCACCAGGGACGGAUUGAGAGGUUCUUCCUCGAUCACAUCAAGAAGCACUCCAAGGAUACGCUACGCGUCGAGCGCGCAGUGCUACCGGAGUCACUACAUAUCGCCGAGGAUCGAGUUGAUGACCACUCGCCCGACAACUAUCCUGUUACAGUCCAGCUCCGAUAUCUCACGGAAGACGAGGCCAAACCAGCGCAAAGCAAAGGGUCUGGAGUCAAUGAUGGUCUGUUCAGGAGCAAUCUGGCAGAAGACGACACUGAAGACCUCAUUGCCAACAGCCAGCAGAAGCAAGGUAGUACUGAGACUGUAAAGGCAAAGUACGUCGUAGGCUGCGACGGCGCUCACAGCUGGACGCGAAAGCAACUAGGAUUCGAGCUUGAAGGCGAGCCCACCGAUCACAUCUGGGGCGUCUUGGACAUUAUCCCCAUCACAGACUUUCCGGAUGUUCGCAAACGCUGCGCUAUCCACAGCGCGUCUUCCGGGUCAAUGAUGAUCAUCCCACGAGAGAACAAAAUCGCCCGCCUCUACAUCCAGCUCACAGAGAUCAAGCCCGACGCCAGCGGCCGAGCAGACAGGUCGAAGAUUACCCCUGAAACCAUUAUCACAGCAGCACAAAAGAUCAUGGCGCCGUACAAACUGACGUACGAAUACUGUGACUGGUGGACGGCAUAUCAGAUCGGCCAGCGAGUCGGCAAAAACUUCGAUCACAAGAGCCGUGUCUUCCUCGCUGGUGACGCUGUGCAUACGCACUCACCGAAAGCUGGUCAGGGUAUGAAUGUCUCGAUGCAGGAUGGGUACAACCUAGGCUGGAAGUUAGGUCUGGUCGUGAAGGGCAUCGCGCAUCCCUCUAUCCUAAAGACAUAUCAGUCAGAGCGAAGACGUAUCGCGCAAGACCUCAUCGCGUUCGACCACAAGUUCUCCCGGCUGUUUUCCGGUCGACCAGCCAAGGACGUCAUGGACGAAGAAGGCGUCAGUAUGGAUGAGUUUAAGAACGCUUUCCUCAAGGGCCAACUCUUCGCAACCGGCCUCUCAGUCGACUACGGCACCAGCAUGCUAAUCGGCAAACCGGGCUCCGCCGCCGACCAAGGCGACGGCACAGAUGUCUCCUCCUCGUCCCCCGUCAUCGGCAAGCAAGAGCUGUCCUCAGAGAUCAAACUCGGCAUGCGUUUCCCCAGUCACCAAGUCAUCAACCAAGCCGACGGCCGCGCGUGGGAGUUCCAGCAGAAGCUCAAAUCCGACGGUCGUUUCCGCAUCAUCGUCUUCGCUGGUAACGUUGCAAACGCUCCGCAGAGCGCCCGUUUGAAGACCUUCUGCCAGGCCCUCGAGUCGUCAUCGGUAUUAGCACCGCAUCUCGGUAAGAAUAUCGAGGUGCUUACUUUACACUCGUCCAAGUGGAAGGAGGUGGAGCUGCUGCGCGAUCUCCCGGAUAUCCUACAUCCGUUCGAUGCGAAGACAGGUUGGGAUUACGACUCCGUGUAUGCGGAUGACGCGAAUCCGUUUGAGGGCUUUGGCGAUGCGUAUAAGGGGUAUGGUGUUGAUAGGGAGAGGGGGUGUGUUAUUGUUGCGCGGCCGGAUCAGUAUGUUGGGUAUAUUGACGAGGUUGAUGGGGAGGGGUGUAAGGGCGUUGAGGGGUACUUCAAGGGGAUAUUCAAGCUGUAG